AUGUUUAUCAAGACACAAUUGAUUUUACUUGCAUUAAUAUCUGUUGUAUUCAGUCAAACAGAUGAGGAAGAAUCAUUUUUAUUUGUUACGAAAGAAACAGUUAAUCGAUUUAUUGUACAAGAUAAAGAAUUAACUAUUAAAUAUGCAUUAUACAAUUCUGGUCCAACAACAAUUUUUAAUGUUAAUCUACAGGAUACUCACAGUUAUCCAUCUGAUAAAUAUGAAUUACUUGUUGGUACACUUACUCCUAAAUGGGAACGAAUUAAUGCUGGAGUUAAUUUAACUCAUGUUGUUGUUCUUAAACCAAAACAAAGUGGUAUCAGUAAUAGUUCACAUGCUAUUGUUACAUAUCAAAAGAGCGAAAAAAAUACUGAUUCUCAAGUAAGAAAAUAG